AUGAUCGACGAAGAAAAGCGGGAGCGUCGUCGACGUCGGAUUUUAGACAAUGCUGAAAAACGGAAGCAGUUCAUACUCCGCGCGACUGAUGUACCGAUCGUAUCCUCACGUGGUGAAGAUGCUGCUGAAACGGAAUUUGAAGUCGAAAAUCGGCACGAAGAAAUAUUUGCGAAGCUGGUCGAAUCUGAGCAUCUGGAUGAGGAUUUGAAAGUUUAUCAUAACCCCCCAUUGCGGUCUAACGCCCCCCUUGAGAAUCCACCUGACCUGAAUAAUUCUUCACGACGCUUAUUGUUUUUCAUGCUGGGUUUGACAGUGAGGCUAGUGCUGCACACGGAGUUGGGUUCAUCUAUCCUUUACUCGUCAGCGCUGAUUCCUUUCUACUUGAUUGAAGUGUCCGCUUUUCUGGUGUCGACAAAAUCCGUCGAUUCGAUCGUCUCGGAGUCGCAAGCGUUCAACCUGUUCUACUUGAUUGAUUUCCUUUUGGGUGGCUGUGAAACGGGAGGUUACAUGUCGGCGAAGAAGUCGAAAUUGGCCGACCAGUUCAAAGCUCAAAAAAACGGAGACAGCACUGAGGAUAAGAAGGGAAUUUUUCAUCAAGUCUCCAUAUUUGUGAAUGGUUAUACUCAGCCCAAUGCUGAUGAAUUGAAGCGUCUAAUGAUAAUCCACGAUGGAAACUAUCAUCACUACUACAGUUUGUCAAGGACCACCCACAUAAUUGCUUCGAAUUUACCAUAUGCUAAGAUACGGAAACUUCAAGGAGAGAAAAUUGUUCGUCCUGAAUGGAUUACGGAUUCUAUUAAAGAAGGCCGGCUUCUGGAUUGGGCCAAGUAUCAGCUGUAUCCGAAUCUUGUGCAGAAGAACGUUCUAAAAUUCGCCGACGGAAAAGAUUCGAAGAAUGUCGCAGUCGAUGCGGAGGAGAAUAUUGCGAAUAUUAAAUGCCAAGAUUUGCCAACAAAAGCGGAAUUAUCUGACGAAGAUUUGUUCGAUGAUGAUAGCAAUUAUGCUUUUACUGCCUGUGAUCAACGGAGCGCGGACAAUGGUGCCUCACACGAAAAUUUGGAAAAAAGUGAACCGGAAACAGAAAACUCGGAAAUUCAAGAGCAGAAUCCACAUUCCACGAAUGCUCGUACGCUACUGUCGAAAUUUUAUGGGCGAUCUCGUCUUCAUCAUAUAUCCACGAUGGGCACUUAUUUCAAAGAUUACGUCGCUGAAUUGCAUGCGAAAGGAGACACAUCAUUCCCCGGGGUGUCAGAUUUACUCAAAUCCUGCCCUGGGACGUCCAACGAAUUAGGAUUCAAGAAGCCGAGGAAAAGAGUUGUGAUGCACAUCGACAUGGAUUGCUUUUUCGUCUCCGUUGGAUUAAAGAAGCGUCCUGAAUUACGUGGCAAACCCGUGGUUGUCACGCAUUCCCGAGCAACUGGCGGGGUUCGGCCCCGCGGGCAAAAAAUUGAGGAAGAAUUUGGUCUUCGAAUCGAACGACGAGCUGCUAAAAAUGUCAAGGCCAAGCAGAAGUUGGUUCAAGAUGCUCCUGGCUUUGAGGAUUUCGAAGAAAGAACGGACGAGACGAGCGUUUCUUCUGAGCACCCGAAAUAUCUGCUAGAUGACCAAUCUUCCACUGCCGAAGUUUCAUCUUGCAGUUAUGAAGCUCGGGCAAAAGGUGUCAGAAAUGGAAUGUAUUUAGGAGAAGCUGUUAAAUUAUGCCCCGACCUUUUCCCCAUCCCUUACGAUUUCGAAGGGUACACAGAAGUUUCUAAAAUUCUGUACGACACAGUUGCGAGAUAUACGCAUGCAAUUGAGGCUGUCAGUUGUGAUGAGAUGUUCGUUGAUUGUACUGAUAUCCUCUCUAACACCGGAGUAACUUGCCUCGAAUUUGCCAAGAAAUUACGGGAGGAAAUCCAGCAAAAAACGUCGUGCACAGCAAGUGCUGGUCUUGGCCAGAACAUGCUGAUAGCACGUUUAGCUACACGCCUGGCGAAGCCGAACGGCCAGUUCUAUGUCGAAGAUGAUGAAGCGUGUGAAUUCAUGAAGGAUCAGACCGUUCGAGACUUACCAGGUGUUGGCAGAUCAACGUCGUUGCGCAUUGAAGAAAAAUUCUCUGCAACAACUUGUGGAGAACUGCAGGUCGUACCGUUGGCCGCUCUCAAAUCCGAAUUCGGACCGAAACUCGGCUCAAAACUCCACAAUUUCUCUCGCGGUGUGGAUGAUCGGGUUGUCAUGAGCUGUCAGGCACGAAAAUCGGUAUCAGCCGCGAUGAACUACGCCAUCAGAUUUACUUCGCAUCAAGAAUCUGAAGAAUUUUUGAGGGAGUUGAGUCGAGAACUAGCUUCCCGGAUGGAACGAAUUUCCGUGAAAUGUUCGUCGUUGACCCUCAAGCUCGAAGUUCGUGCUCCUGGUGCCCCCGUGGAGCCCGUCAAAUACAUGGGCAUAGGCGUGUGUGAUAGCUUAUCGCGUCAAGUAAAAUUACCACAGUCAACGAGGGACCCAGUCGCUAUCUUUAGGGAAGCAUGGAAGCUGUACAAUGCCUUGAACAUCGUUGUAUCAGAUUUACGUGGAGUUGGUCUGCAAGCUACGAAACUCGAAGGUCAUAGCUCUAACGUCCAGGCUCGUGUUGUGACGAAUGCAAAUCAACCAACUCUUAGUGGUUAUUGGAAACCCAAGUCAGAGAUUGUGAGAGCCGCUGUUGACGCUCCAAAAAUAGAAUCACUUUUGAGCUCUCCCCGGCGAUUGCAUAAGGAAUGCGAUUCGCCCAGAGGAAGUCCUGGUAAAUUUCUUCAAGAUAUUUCUCCCUUUCGCUCCCCGACAAAGGGAAGGAGUCCUAAAGGAACGCCGGUUAAAAAUAGAUCGCCGAGAGCGAAAGCGGAACGUGGAGCUCGAACGGCUACGCUUGGAAAAAACCAAACCGACAUUCGCUCUGCAUUUGAUUUGAAACAAAAGCCGUCUGAUGUGUUUCGAGUUCAUCCAUCGAACAGCGGGAAUACGGUUCGUGUAGCGAAUAUCAACGGGAUUCGAGAAACCAACGAAGUCAAAGUUUUACUUCGGGAGUGGGUGGAAAGCUGUGGUUCAGAUCCCCCGCUUGACGAGGAUUAUCAAGUUUUUGCAAAUUUUUUGGCAGACCUAUGUUACGAAUAUGAUCUUGUUGCUGUGGAAAUCAUAUUGAAGCACUUCCGAAGAUUACUCUGUGACGGUCGAGGGAAACCUGCUAUGAAAGAAGCGUAUUUGACGCUGGCAGGAAGCAUAAAAAUGUCGAAAGAAAGCGACGUGAACGAACGUUGUCAAAAAUGUAGCUUGUUCGAAAAAAACCGUGCUUGUGGAAUUCUGACGGGAUUGAGUCUCGCAGUGUCACUGUCGCUUCAAGAUCGUCGAAAACUUGGCAUUUCCUUGGAAGAAGAUGAACCGCAACGAAAGUGUAGCAAAGAGGAGGAUGUGCCACCCAUGAAUUGUGUGACUGAUGGCUGUUCCGUUUGCGGGGUGUUGUUCGACUCUAUAUCGAAUUGGCGUCAGCAUUUGAAGCUUGACUGGCAUUUGUAUAACGUGAAACGGAAAGCGAAGGGACUGGCGAUUGUCAGUGCAGAUGAAUUUGAAAAAAAUGAAGAAAAAGAUGACGACGUUUCCAGCGUCUCCGGUUCUUCAUCAGAGGAGUCUGACGUGGAAGAACCUUCGUCCAGAAAAAGCACGAGGCGUGGCGAUAUCGUUUUGAAAAGAAUACGGGAGCAGCCCGUGGUAUUUUUCAAAAAUACAGCUGGUCAGGUUAUUUUGAUCCAUCGUGCUUUGUUGCAAUCAUCGCAACAAUCUGAAACAGACGUCGUGAAGAACGCUGAACAAUUGUGCGAAACUCUCAACUUAGCCAUAAUUCUUGUGAGCGGGGGACACUUCGCUGCUGCUAUUUUUCGAGGUAAAGAAAUGGUUGCUCAUAAAACUUUUCAUUCGUACACGGUGAGAGCAAAACAAGGAAGAACUCAGGGGGCUGCCGACUCGAAAAGCGGAACUUCUCAGCCAAAAUCUGCUGGUGCAUCUUUGCGUCGUUAUAAUGCACAGACCUUCAAGAUGCACAUAGAAAAGUUUGUCAUUGCCUGGGCUGAGCAGUUGGACAAGUGUGACAAAAUUUUUUACCGCGUACCUGCCCGAAACCAAGGAGUCAUGUUUUCGAGCACUGUUGGCUAUCCCUUACGUCGUGAUGAUCCACGCAUGCGAAUCGUACCGAUUUCCGUCAGUCGUCCGACUUUGAGUGAAGUAAAGCGCGUUCAUGAUGCGAUCACCACCUUGAGGUUCUAUGAUUCGCCUCCAUCCUUUAUUGAGAAGCUUUCGAAGCCGCCGGAAAAGAAAAUCAAAGCCGGCGCAUCCUCGGCAAAAGAGAAAAAAGAAGUCCAGGCGAGUUUGCCUGCUGAAGAACAAGCAGAUUCUGAAGUGACUCAGUUGAUUGAGAAGUUGGACGGUGAAUUUUUCGCUCCAUCAAAAGAAGAGCCAUUGCCCGUAAAGAAGCAGAAGAAGAAGAAGCCGUGUCAAGUUGAAAGCGUGGAAAGCGUUCCUGUUGAUCUCAAUCCUGUUCCGAAAGGUGUGGCUCGUGAUUUCAUGAAAAGCUUGUGCAGAGCAGUGAAAGCUGACGACGAAGCUGCUUUUAAAGAUUGUGGAGAAAUACCAAAGGAGCUUCUGAAUUACCUGGAACUCGACGUAGGAAAUCCGUCAGCGUGGCAAAUGGUUGUGAAUCUUCCCGUUGAAGACGGUUCAACUUAUUUGUUGCAUACUGCUGCUGCACGUGAAAACGGUCCGUGCGUUGAAAUGUUGCUAGAAAUCGGCGCCGAUCCUUGCAUGAAGGAUAAUCGGGAUCGAGUUCCGUAUCAAGUUGCCGUCGAUAAAGAAAGUCGGAAUGCAUUCCGAAGAUUUAUGGGAACUCACCCUGAGAGAUUUGAUUGGUCCAAUGCUCGUGUCCCGUCUGCGUUGACGGAUGACCUUGAAAAGCAACAAGCUGCGAAGAAAGCGGAGAGACGCAAAGCGCAAAAGGAGAUCAAGAAGGAAAAAGACCGAGUGUUGAAGGCUGAAGCUGAGGCUCGACGAGAGGAAGAAGCAGAGCGUCUGAGGUUUUUGGCGCUCAGUGAACGGGAAAAGGUAUGCUACUCACUUGCGAAUCCCGGCGUAGUGACUAGACUCGGUAGGGCUUUGGCGGCGGAAAGGCGCAUACUGGCUGGGCAACAAUCUGCUAACAAGACGCCUGUUUUGGUCAGAUGCCAUCUUUGUGGUUUGGACAUCUCGGGCAAAGUGCCGUUCGUCGCGUUCGACUUGCAAUUUUGCUCGCCGGAUUGUGUGAAGCAAUUUCGGAACCAGACUACGAGACCUUGUUGAUACUGUAUUGACAAAAACUCGUUGUGAUCGACGCGUGAGAUUUUUUGUCGUAUUGUUCCUGUGAUAGGAAUAUUGAAUGCUCGUGUUGAUCUGCUGGCAUGAACGCGAUGUCUGUAAGGUGCUCGGAUUUUGGGGGAAUGAAAUGAAAUCCAUGACGACGAA